AUGUAUAUAGGAGUUCUUUGGGAUGGCAUUGAAAAGUGCUGUCUUAUAGUGACUAAGUUAUCGGUGACUAAAAUCACAACAAACUUUCGGGAAGCGGUGAACGUAGUGGACGUACCGCUCACUCCACCCUCUGAUGAUCAGAUACUACUCAAGAAUAUCUACGCCGGGGUUAACGCCACUGAUGUCAACAUAACGGCCGCCCGUUAUUUCACUGAUGGAAAACUGCCCUUUGAUUGUGGAUUAGAGGCAUUGGGUGUUAUAGAGGCUGUUGGCAAGAAUGUAACCACACAUAAAGUGGGACAACCGGCCAUUGUAUUUGGUACAGUACCAAAGGCAUACGCCGAGUAUCUGUACGCCAAACCCGAUGAAGUGAUUCCUAUACCAAGUCUUAAACCAGAGUUUAUAGGACUUUUAGUUUGUGGAUUGACUGUCACUAUAGGUUUGGAUGAGGUCGGACGUAUCAAAAAGGGAGAGAAAGUGUUGAUUACAGCGUCUGCCGGCGGAACCGGUCAUAUAGGCGUCCAAUGGGCCAAACAGAAGGGCGCGUAUGUCAUAGGAAUGACAUCAUCUGAUGAGAAGGCAAAACUGUUGAAAGAGUUGGGAACCGAUCGAGUGAUCAAUUAUAAGACCGAGAAUUUGGAUGAAGUGCUCACUAAAGAGUUUCCGAAUGGUGUGGAUGUGAUUUGGGAGACAAUUGGUGGGGAAGUAUUUAAGACCCUAUUCAAGCAUUUGGCACCAAAGGGUCGUUUAAUAAUCGUCGGGGGUAUCAGUGGUUAUAAAGGGGACGGUUUCCCUGAUGUCCAGAUUCCACACCUAAACACUACACUACUAAUGAAAAACCAGACACUCUCUGGUCUACUAUUGACCGGUUAUAGCGAUUUGUUUCCUAAAUAUUUGAAACAAUUGGUUGGAGACGUUGUGAGCAAUAAAUUGCGAGUUGUCUUAGAUUUUGGCCAAAAGUCAAGUGAAGGAGAAUUCAAUGGAAUUGAUUCUGUGGUCAGAGGAGUGGAGCAUUUACAGUCCGGACGUAAUACUGGAAAAGUUGUCAUCAAAAUACAAAAUCCAUAAAUAAUGCAUUUUUGAAUACAAAUAUUGAUAAAACAAUAAAAACUAAUUUUAUUUGACUUUAAAA